UUCUCGCCCUGCUUUCUGUGGGGAUGCAGCCGUCACUUGUUUUGACACCAGCAUUCCUGGGGAAGAUAUAAAUGCCACCUCCCAUGAACCUGACUUCACAGACACUCUCAGGGGCUGGUGUCACUGUAGACCUCAUUUUUCCCUCCGGAGCUGGUCUGGACACAAAAAGUGAAGCUAAGGUCAUUCUUGCACAGGACAGCCCACCAUGGCCUCAGACCCCCAAACCCAAGCGGGCAAGCCGCAGCCCCUCAACCCCAAGAUCAUCAUCUUUGAGCAGGAGAACUUCCAAGGCCACUCGCAUGAGCUCAACGGGCCCUGCCCUAACCUGAAAGAGACCGGCGUGGAGAAGGCAGGCUCUGUCCUGGUACAGGCUGGACCCUGGGUGGGCUACGAACAAGCCAACUGCAAGGGUGAGCAGUUUGUGUUUGAGAAGGGUGAGUACCCACGCUGGGACUCGUGGACCAGCAGUCGGAGGACGGACUCCCUCAGCUCCCUGAGGCCUAUCAAACUGGACAGCCAAGAGCACAAGAUCAUCCUCUAUGAGAACCCCAACUUCACGGGGAAGAAGAUGGAGGUCAUAGACGACGACGUGCCCAGCUUCCACGCCCAUGGCUACCAGGAGAAGGUGUCAUCCGUGCGGGUGCAGAGUGGCACGUGGGUUGGCUACCAGUAUCCUGGCUACCGUGGGCUGCAGUACCUGCUGGAGAAGGGAGAUUACAAGGACAGCAGUGACUUUGGGGCCCCCCACCCCCAGGUGCAGUCUGUGCGCCGCAUCCGUGACAUGCAGUGGCACCAACGGGGAGCCUUCCACCCCUCCAACUAGUGCCCCCCAUUUCCUCCUUCCCAGGGGCCUGGUCUGCUGCCCAGAAUCCCCCCGGUCCUCUUGGUGAGUGAAUAAAGUGUGACU